CACCCCUGUAAUAGCUAGAGGCUUCCUUCCUCUAUCAUACUUUUGGAAAGUGAAGAAACAAUAUGGACGCAGUAACAAACACAGUGGCAAUCUCAUGUGUUAUAGCAGUUGUACUAUGCGCAUGGAAGUUGGUAAAUAUUUUGUGGUUGAGACCAAAAAAGCUUGAAAAGCACCUGCGGAAUCAAGGUUUCAAUGGAAACAAAUACAGAUUUUUGUAUGGGGACAUGAAAGAGCUUUCUAUGAUGUUCCAAGAAUCAAGAUCUAAGCCUAUAAGUUUGGAUGACGAUGAUGGUGUUCUCGCACGUGUUACGGCUUUCUCCCUUCAUUCUCUGCAAAAACAUGGUAAAAAUUACAUCACAUGGAUGGGAUGGAAACCAAGAGUGACUAUUAUGGACCCUGAGCUCAUUAAAGAUGUAUUUGUAAAAUUAAAUGACUUUAAAAAGCCGAGAUCUAAUCCAAUGGCUAGGUUAAUAGCAACCGGAUUAGUGACAUACGAAGGCGAUCAGUGGACUAAACAUAGGAAACUAAUCAAUCCCGCUUUUCAUAUGGAGAAGCUAAAGAAUAUGGUACCAGCUUUCCAGUUAAGUGGUGGUGAAAUGCUUGGAAAAUGGGAGAAGUUGGUUUCAUCAAAGGGAUCAUGUGAGAUUGAUAUUUGGCCUGAUCUUCAAGCUUUAACAAGUGACGUUAUAUCAAGAACCGCAUUUGGGAGUAAUUAUGAAGAAGGAAUUAAGAUAUUUGAGCUCAUAAAAGAACAAGGUGUACUUACAAUGGAGGCACUACAAUCACUUUACAUCCCCGGAUCUAGGUUUUUUCCAACAAAGAGGAACAUACAGAUGAAUGUUAUUGAUAUAAAAGUAAAGCAUUCUAUAAGAGGUAUCAUUAACAACAAGCUCAAGGCGAUGAAGGCUGGAGAAGGUAACAAUGGUGAUUUGUUAGGAAUUAUGCUUGAAUCUAAUAUUAAAGAGGUUGAGCAACACCAAAACAAGAAUCAUGGAAUGACUAUUGAUGAAGUUAUUGAAGAGUGUAAGCUUUUUUACUUUGCUGGACAAGAGACAACAUCAAGCUUGCUUGUAUGGACGAUGAUCUUAUUAAGUAAGCAUCAAGAAUGGCAGUCGCGUGCUAGAGAAGAGGUUUUAAAUGUCUUCGGGGACAAAAAUAUGGAUUUAGAUGGGCUAAAUCACCUCAAAGUUGUAAAUAUGAUUUUCCAUGAAGUACUGAGGCUAUACCCUCCUGUUGUUGGACUAGCCCGUAGAGUUGACAAAGAGAUCACAUUGGGAGAAUUUUCGCUACCAUCUGGGAUUCUAAUCGGAUUACCCAUCAUGCUUAUUCACUAUGAUGAGGAAUGUUGGGGUAGUGAUGCCAAGAAAUUUAAUCCAGAUAGGUUUUCUGAAGGAAUCUCAAAGGCAACAAAAAAUCAAGUCAUUUUCCUUCCCUUUGGUUGGGGACCUAGAAUUUGUGUUGGACAAAACUUUGCAUUGUUGGAAGCUAAAAUUGCCCUCGCAAUGAUCUUACAAAAGUUCUCUUUCGAACUUUCACCAUCCUAUGUCCAUGCUCCUCAUACUGUUCUCACCCUUCAACCCCAACAUGGCGCUCAUUUGAUUCUGCAUAAACUUUAACAAUAGAAGAUUGUGAUUUUGAGUUCAAAACUGUUCGCCUAUGUAUUAUUACACCGUAUAAUAUUGUAUGAAAGAGAUAUAUGUGCAACAUAUUGUAUAUUAAAAAACUAUUAUAUAUAGUCGCAAAGUACAUCUAUGUAUUGUUAUAUA